UAGAGUAACGGUCGAAAUGAAGUAUUUAUGUCUGAUUUUGUUGGCCACGUCAGUGACUGGACGAUUCACUGAUGAUUUUUAUCAACAACUGGCCAAGGAUAAUGCAAAUAAGAACCUUAUUUCCUCGCCCCUUUCCGCGGAAAUUGUCAUGAGCAUGGUCUACAUGGCAUCUGGGGGAAAAACAGCCCAGGAAAUGAGGGACGUUUUGAAACUGCCUGCGGACAAAAAGGAAGUAGCACGUAAAUACAAGGACUUUUUGACAAAUCUCGAAGGACGUGAGAAGGUGGCAAUCCUUGAACUGGCCAACCGCAUUUACGUUAAUGAUCGCUACUCGCUGCUUCCGGAGUUCAAUAAGGUGGUUAAAGAUUCCUUUAAGGCCGAAGCCGAGGCUAUCAGCGUAAAGGAUCCCCAAAAAGCGGUUUCGAUCAUCAAUAAGUGGGUGAAGGAACAGACUCGCAACAGGAUCAAAAGCAUAGCUGAGGAAAAAGAUAUAAACCCUGAUUUAACUGUGGUUCUCUUGAACGCAAUUUACUUUAAAGGCCAGUGGCAGGAACAGUUUAAUUCUAGCAAUACAAAGAAGGCAGACUUUCGAACUGCUGACAAAAAAAUCGUUCCUGUCCAAAUGAUGUCCCAUUUCGGCAAGUUUAGGGCGAAUUAUAUACCCAAAUUAGAUGCCAAGGUGAUAGAGCUACCUUACCGCAAUUCAAGCCUCUCCAUGGUCAUCUUUUUGCCGGAAAAAGUCGAUGGUCUGCCAGAAUUGGAGAAGAAGAUCGCCGAUUUCCCUGCAUAUAUUCCAGUAAUACAGGAAGUGGAUUUGAAACUGCCCAAGUUCAAAAUCGAAUUUAAAGCUCUUUUGAACGAUAUUCUUGAAAAGAUGGGCAUCGUAGCCGCAUUCACUGAUAAGGCGGAUUUUAGUGGUCUAGUACAAAUACCAACCAAGAUCAGCAAAGUCAUUCAAAAGGCCUUCAUCGAGGUUAACGAAGAGGGUGCCGAAGCAGCCGCUGUAACAGGUGUAAUUGGGUCGAUAACAUUAAUUGCAAGGCCGCGUCCUUUGGUGUUCAAUGCCGAUCAUCCGUUUGCCUACAUCAUUCGCGAUGAGAAGACUAUUUACUUCCAGGGACACUUCGUAAAGCCAUGAAAGUAAAUUUCUUUUUUUGUACUAGCACAUUUGUGAAUUACCAAUUGUUACUGUCCUAUUCCUUGUCCGCAAUUUCGUUAUAGUGACCUUAAAAUAUUAAAUGUAAUCCGACUAAACCAAAUAAAUUAUAAAUCUGCAUGGCAAA